AUGAUUCUGCUCUACCGAUACGUGAAGAGGAAGCGCGCCGAAGCGGCUGCGAGGGCAAAUGAACAGGGGCAACCAGCCGCCGUCAAUACGGAUCAAGACGGCAAUCCAUAUCAGGAGCAUCCAGCCCAGCUUCCUCAAUCCGAGCCUCUUGAGCUCCGUCCUAUUGGAGCCGUUGAAACCCAGCCGGCACCAGCCGACCAGGUCUCUCAUCGCCAGGAGGUCCAGUCGACUACCAGCGAGUCAUCACCCUUGCACCAGGGACGGGAUGUUACACCGGUAGCCACCUCGAAGGCUACGGAGUCGACCAUCGGCGCAGGCCGAAGCAAAGAAGAGAAGAAGCGAGCGCGUAUCUACCGCCUGAAGAUCAUUGUCGGCAUGAUCCUCCCUUUUGCUCUUCAAGCGCUCGAUGUCACAAUGUCAGUGCCGUCCUCCCGACUUGAAAGUGGUCUUGAAACCCAAACUAAUAAGCCAUGCCCUCGUCAUAGUAUCGCCAGUGCAUUGCCGUGGAUCGCCGCAGACUUUGGCCAGGUCUCGCAGCUCAAUUGGAUUAUUUCGGCCUUCAAUCUCACAUCUGCUGCCUUCAUUCCAUUCUGGGGCCAGCUGACUGACAUAUUUGGACGGCAUUCUUCCUUGCAGGCCGCUAUUAUCAUCAUGAUGAUCGGUAGCGCUAUUUGUACCGGCGCUCCCACCCAUGCGUUCCCGGUCCUUCUGCUCGGUCGCGGCUUUCAGGGGUUGGGCUGUGCCGGUCUCAAUGUGAUUGUACGGGUCAUCCUCGCCGACAAGGUCUCGCUUCAAGAAAACGCAAAGAACUGGUCUAUCUUCUCCUUUACCGCCGGCAUCAGCUACGGUAUUGGUCCUGUAAUCGGAGGAUACCUGACAAACUCCAACUGGCGCUGGUGCUUUGGUAUCAACUUACCGAUCUGUGCAGUAGCCAUCGUCUUGAUCAUCUUCGUCCUGCGAAAGGAACUCCUCGGCGCGCAGCCUCUACCCGGCCUCGACGAGGAGGAAGCGCAUAGCCCCGGAGCCCGGCCCCGACUGGCCCGCUUCUCGCAGCGUAUACUCACCAUCGAUAUCGGAGGACAAGUCCUCUUCCUCUUCGGCUUCGGCUUGAUCAUCCUUGCCCUGAUCUGGGGAGGCGCCACCUACGACUGGAACACGGCUGCCGUCCUUGUCCCCCUCUGCGUCGGUGCGGCCCUGACUGUGGCCUUCAUCGUCUGGGAGAGGCUGAUGCGACCCGGUAGCAUCCUGGAACGUAGAUGGCCAGCAAAACGACCCAUGGUCCCGUGGAAGCUAUUGGUGACGCGAGACAUUGGUUUUCUAUUCUACAUCAACUUUGCUACCGGGGCGGCGAUGUAUUCGGUUCUCUACUUCUGUAACCUCUAUUUCACAAUGGUCAAGGAGUACACCCCCGACAAAGCCGGAGUUCAGCUGCUGUAUUACACGCCAGGCCUAGGAGUCGGAGUGUAUAUGGCCAUGUUCAUGUGCAAUGUCUAUCCACGCAAGACAUUUGUACCCCUGGCUCUUGGCUCCAUCGUCGAGGCAGUAGGCGUCGGUAUUCUAGCCUACGCCUUGUGGACAGAGCACACACCGACCGUCUUUGGCAUGAUGGCCCUCACCGGUGCCGGAACAGGACUUAGGUUCAUGCCUGGCUCUCUGCACGCCAUUGGGCUAUUCCCAGAUCACAUCGCCACGGUCGUGUCGCUGAUGGCAGUCGCUCUCCCCUUUGGUGGCACACUUGCUUUGACCAUCAUGUCGACGGUGUUCAACAACACAUCGGGUAUCGGACAAAACUCGCCCUUGCGCGACUUUGAUACCCUUUCGGCAAUGCCAGAGAACGUGAAGCAUCCGAUUCAGGAGAAAGCCAAGAUGGGCAUCGUCUGGGCGUUUGUUGCGAUUACGCCGCUUUGUGUUCUUUGUAUCAUGGCCGCUAUGUGCUUGGGCAACGUCAACAUUGCCAAGGAGAAGAAGCAAGAGGGAGAAGCGCUCGGACCUAGCCGCGGCCACGAUCACAUUGUGUCCGAGCCGUACCUGCUCUAUCUUGCCCGAGGAGGCAAACGCCGUGAGGCCAUCGUCGCCAGAGAUGACGCGGAGAAGAACCCAGUGGUUGGCCAGGAAAUGUCCCAGGAUGUAAGGUCAUAA